AUGCAUGGUGGUCAGAGAUGCAAGUGGGAAGUUAGUAGCAGCAAUGAUACAAAGACUUGUUGGAAUUUCUUCAUCACUGUCAGCAGAGAUGAUGCAGCUUGGGUUGCCAUGCUGUUUGCGCGCGAUCUCGAGGCUGCUUGUGUGGAAUUUGCAGGGGAUACACAGAUGGUGAUCGCUGCACUGCAACAAAAUUCUGAGGAUGAUAUUUCUCGGCUGGGGCAUGUUAUUGAUGAUGCUAGACAUUUUCUGCACUCAAUCCCUCACGACUGUCUUUCACUGAACAGGAGGCUAACAGGGUUGCACACCGUUUGGUUCAGUUGGAUCUUUUUAUGGAUGGACAAAUGCUUUGUUAUUGUGAGGAAGGAAAAGAAAUUCAGAUCUAAAUUUUUCCUAGCUGUUUGGUUGUUGAUUAAAGUUGGAAAGCUUGAAAGAGUUGGUAUUUUGGGGCAAGCGUUUCAAAUUAGAGUCAAUUGCUCUUCAAUUUGGGAGUGCUUUGGAGCUCUGAAUCUGAUUGCUUGUCUCCUAGUGAUUGCUUGUAAGUUACCUAGGGAUGGCGAGACUGAUAUGCGGAUGUGGGUUGCGAGAGCGGAGCUGGUACAUGACUGGAGAAGGACUGAGAAGGGUGCUGGCUGUAUCCAAGAGGAACACAAGGUAUUUCCAAACGGUGGCAAUUGUUUGAAAAAGAAACAAAGAAAUGAAAUUCGAAAGAUUAAGGAUAGUUAUGGGUUUUGGUGGAAUGAGGGUGAGGGUCUAGAACAGGCUUUUGUGCAGGACUUUAAAUUGCAGUUUUCUUGUGAUUUUCCCCCUACUCUUAUGGAUAUCUCUUCUAUUGCAUAUAUUAUUGAUCCUUGUAAUGACAACCAUCACAAUGAACUUCUACUCAAGCCCAUUGAAAAUAUAGAAAUAUGGGAUGCAGUUAAAAGAAUUGGUGCACUGAAAGCACCAGGUCCGAAUGGAAUUGGUCAUGAAUGUUGGGAUAUAAUCAAAGAUUCGGUGAGUGUUAUGGUUAAGGAAUUCUUUGAAAAUUGUACUAUCCUGAGGCUUAUUGAUCAUACCAACAUUGCCCUCAUCCCAAAAGUGGAAAAUCCUGAGGUGGUAAGUAAUUAUAGACCAAUUAGUCUUUGCAAUGUGAGCUAUAAAAUCAUCACGAAAAUCAUCAUUAAAAGGUUAAAGCCACUUAUCGACCAUUGCAUAUCUGGAAACCAAGGGGCAUUUUCUCCGGGAUGUUCUAUUCAUAAUAAUAUUUUGAUUGCGCAUGAAAUGUUUUCUAGUUUCAAAAGUAAGAAAGGAAGGACUAGAGCAAUGGGAAUAAAACUGGAUUUAGAAAAAGCAUAUGAUUAUCUUAAUUGGGAGUAUAUCAGGUAAGUGAUUUUUAGAUUUGGUUUUGCGGAAAGAUGGGUAAACUUAAUUAUGGAAUGCAUUACUUCAACUUCCUUCUCGAUUUUAAUUAAUGGUUCUACCCAUGUUUACUUUUACCCUAAGAAGGGAAUUAGGCAAGGGGAUCCUUUAUCCCCUUAUAUUUUCAUUCUUUGCAUGGAACCGUUAAUUAGACACUUUAACGAAAUGGCCACUACCCCUACAUCGCAUAUUGGUAUUAUGUCCUCUCCUAGUGGAUUUAGAACAUCAAAUCUAGUUUUUGCAGAGGAUUGUUUGUUAUUUGCUAGGGCAACUACAAAAGGUGCUAGGAAUGUACUUCAUGUUCUUAAUAUGUUUGCCAAAGCUUUGGGUCAAAAGGUAAAUUUUCACAAAUCCUCACUUUAUUUUUCAAAAAAUACUAAUGCCCAAACUAGAAAUGCUAUUGUGAAUGUUUUACAUAUUCAACAUAAAACCACCAUCGGCAAAUAUCUAGGCAUUCAUAAUAUUGUGUUUUGAAAAGAUCUAGUGAAUGAAUGUGAAUUAAUCAGAAGAGUUAAUUAAAAGCUUGCUGGGUGAAAGGCUAAUACUCUCUCUAAGGUAGGAAGACUAACUCUCAUUAAGUCCAACUUAUCUAGUAUGCCGAGUCAUAUCAUGUCUUGCUUUAAAUGUCCUAUUUGAGUAACUUAGAACUUAAACAAUGAGUGUAUGGACUUCUUUUGGGGGAGAGAUAGGAAGUUAAAACCUAUGGCUUGGAAAAAAAUUGUGUACUUCUAAGGAUCAGAGGGGGUUGGGUGUAAGAAUAGUGGAUCAUUUCAAUAAUGCAUGUUUGGCUAAGUUAGGAUGGAAAGUUUUAAAGGAUGAUAACAAUUGGUGGGUGCAAAUUGUUAAAAGAAAGUACAUAAAGAAGGAUGAUUUUUUUUAGUUGCAAAGUUAAGCAGAACCACUCUUUGGCCUAGAAAGGGAUUUUGAAUAGUAAACAUGUUAUUAACAGGGGAAUUAGAUGGGUUAUGGGUAAUGGUGAGGAUAUACUUUUUUGGACCCAUCAUUGGGUUUUUCCUUAUCUAUUGUUCCAACUGAUUCCUGAAAAUCAACGACAGAACAUAAAUUGGGACACUAAAGUGAGUGAGUUUAUUGAUAAUAAAAGUUGGGAUAGUGUUCGUCUGUCCCAAGUGUUGGACCUAAAUGUUGUGAGGAAAAUUUGUAUGGUGCCUAUUUCCCUUCAAAAUAAAAGUGACAAUUUCGUGUGGGAACACUCCUCUGCUGGUGAGUUCUCAAUCAAGUCAGCGACUUAGAUUCAAAGUAAUAAUAAUCAAGAAGUUAAAAGGCAAAAGCCCUUUAAGAACAUAUGGAAGUUAAUGAUACCUCCAAAGGUAAAAA